AUGUCCUUAGAUCCCAAAGAGUCACCCCACACCGGGGCAGAGGUGGAAGAGAGUUCCGAUAUUUCUUCAUUUGAUCCAGAUGCCUAUUUGAAGAAGCAGAUCGAGGAGGAAAGCGAACAUUCCAUUAAUUAUCGUAAUUGCUCGUGGCAGAAGACUGCUGGGCUUUUGUUCAGUGAAUAUAUUUGUUUGGCAAUUAUGUCAUUCCCUUGGUCGUACUCCGUCUUGGGAUUGGGAUUAGGAUUGAUUGUCACCGUUAUUGUCUCGUUAUUGUGCUUGUACACUGGAUUGAUCAUUAGCGAUUACUGUGCCGCGUAUCCGCACUUGCUCAACGUUUGCGAUAUUGGACAACAUUUGAUUUUUGGAAAAAAAUGGGUUUGGUAUGCCACCGCAGUUGCAUUUUUGCUCAACAAUACUUUGAUUCAAGCUUUGCAUGUGUUGGUGGGCGCUAAGUACUGGAACACGAUUAGUGACAACACCACCAUUUGUUCUAUUGUUUUUGGAGUCAUCACCGCAAUUAUUUGUUUCUUACUUUCGUUACCUAGAACAUUCAGUCAUUUAUCGGGGGUUGGCUAUUUUUCAGCUGUUACCAUGUUCAUUGCAGUUCUCUUGGCCAUGAUCUUUGCUGGUGUACAAAGUCACCCAAAUAAAUUCGAUCCUGCUACUCCAGUGGUUUGGCAUGCAUGGCCGCAAAAGGGUGAAAAAUACGUCAACAUCAUGUCGGCAGUCUUGAAUAUUGUUUACACAUUCGUGGGCCAAAUCACCUACCCAUCAUUCAUCUCGCAAAUGAAGCAACCUAGAGAUUUCCGUAAAGCUUUGGUGGUGGUCACAAUUUGCGAGUUGAUCACUUUCGCAUUGGCUGGAUCCAUUAUUUACGUUUACGUUGGAAAUGCUUACAUGGUUGCUCCAGCAUUUGGUUCCUUGGUUGGAAACUUCAAAAAGAUUUCCUUCAGUUUUGCAUUGCCAACAAUAUUGUUUCUUGGAUCAUUGUACAGUAAUGUUUCUUCUCAAUUUUUGUUCCAUCAAAUCUUCAACAAGGGAAGUGUACAUAGGAACGAAAACACUUUGUUGGGGUGGGGUGUAUGGGCAGGACUCAACGGUGCUUUAUGGGCUAUAGCAUUUGUAAUUGCUGAAGUGAUUCCAUUUUUCAGUGAUUUGUUGAGCUUGAUGUCAUCAUUGUUUGAUUGCUUUUUUGGAUUCAUCUUUUGGGCAUUGGCAUAUUUUAAAUUGAGAAAAUUGUAUUAUUACAAGCAAGAAGGCGUACGCCCCAACUUACUAGAAGUGUUUAAAAGAUCCAGUUUGUUACAAAAGGGGGAAUUUGUGUUGAAUUUGAUUAUAUUUGCCUUGGGAGUUUACAUUUUGGGUCCAGGUUUGUAUUCCACCAUACAAAGUAUAAUAUGGUCCUACGAGGCAAGUCUAUAUGGUAAGCCAUUCUCGUGUGUAAGUAAUGGGUUGUGA